CAACCACACCUCUUGCAUGGUCCCUUGUUUGCGCAGUGCCGUCUUGGAUUGCUAUGUGGAAACCUGAUGCAGAAGCUUAUGAUUGCAUAUUCGCAAACGUGACACACUAGUCAGCCAGAGAAAACGCAUGACCUUCAUCGUUGAAGCUUCUAUGAACACUUUACUGCCGGGCGCACCCUGACCUUUCAAGGUUGCCCCCAAUGGCGCCAUAUACCUACAUACAGUGCCCCUGCUCCGACCCCUCAGACCUCGGCCGACCGCAAGGCAACUCGUCCCCGACCCAGAGCACACCCACCAAGGAUAGCAAUGGCAACCUGAUUGAUGAGGACGACGAGGAUGGGCGGACAUUUGACCCCCGCGCUCCGAGGUCGAAUUACAGCCUCUACCCGAUCGAAUACCUCCUCUACUGCGAAGACUGUCAUCAGAUCCGUUGCCCGCGCUGCGUUGCCGAAGAGGUCGUCACGUACUUCUGCCCAAGCUGUCUGUUUGAGGUUCCGAGCAGCAACAUAAAAAGCGAAGGCAAUAGAUGUACCCGUAGUUGCUUCCAAUGCCCGAUCUGUGUUGGUAUCUUGUCCGUCACAAGCCUUGAACCGUCAGCCUCCAGUCGUCACCUUGCAGCCGAUAACACCGCUGCACUUCCGGGAGGUCCCUAUGCCUUAAACUGCUCUUACUGUCAGUGGAGCUCGCUGGAGGUGGGCAUCAAGUUUGACAGGUCAAAUGCUAUAUAUGGACAGCUCGCCAAGCUCCGCAACGGCGGCCGGCCUCGGCUAUCACGGAAGGAGCAAAAGGAACGCCGCGAAGAGCAAUCAUCAUAUGCCGAUUCUGGAAUCGGCGCUGCGCCGUCGACGAUCGAGGAGGAGGAGCAAAAGGGGACCCGUGAUGGCCGGGACGCAGAUGAUGACGAGCUUGAUGUCGAGACACAGUUUGCCAAGCUCAAGUCUUUCUACAAGUCACAACUAGCUGACACCGCGACUAGCAGCGGUACUGGAGGUCUUUCGUCCUUGGGAAACCUGGCAAACUUUGGCCUCGGCUCUCCAGGGUCACCCUCAAUGUCGCGGCUCAUGUUCAUGUACACUGGUGCCAACCCGGCAGACACUCGUCGCAAGACCCGCAUGCACCCUAUGCGCGAGGCCAUCGGUCCCCAGGAGGGCCUCAAGGUUUUAUACGAACCCAAUGCCAAAAGUCAAGAGGGAAUUAUCGAGGAAGGGAGCGAAGAAGCAGCACAGAAUAAUUCAAAACCAAAAAACGGACUCGACGAGCAUGCGGCAAUUGUGAAAUUACGCGACGCGGGCUGGGACGCAACCACUACGGCAGAACAGCGUGCAGCCCAGGCUCCCAACGUCGCUGCACCUGUCAGCGCUCAAAAUAUUCGGUUCCAGGAUGACCUUCGGCCUAUCCCCGUCCUGCUGCGGACGAAGCGAUCAAAGCGUUGUCCGAUGUGCAGGCACAUCAUGACCAAGCCCGAGGCCAAGGUGGCAUCCAAUAGAUUCCGCAUCCGGUUGGUUGCGGGCAACUACAUCCCCAGCAUAUCGGCGCGCUACCUCUCUGGCGGCAACCCCCCGCCUGCGGAGCCUCCCGGGACUGUUGCAGCACACCAUCUACUGAAACCUCUGGAGCCGGUCCAAUAUCUCCUGACAUUCAAGAACCCCAUCUUUGAAUCCGUCCGCGUGUCCCUCGCCACGCCAUCGGUCACACCAGGCCGUUUCGGCAGCAAAGUGACGCUUCUGUGCCCACAAUUCGAGAUUGGGGCCAACACAGACGUCUGGGAUGAGGUCCUCAAGGACGGCGCUCCAGGUGCUGACGCUUCGGCCCGCCGGCGGACCAUGGUGCGAAAGCCGGACGGUGAGGGUGGGCAGCCGGAGGCGGGUAAGAUCUGGGAGAAGGGCCGCAACUGGGUCAGCGUCGUGGUUGAGAUCGUGCCAGCCUCGCUACGGGUAGACAUGCUAGGACUAGGGAAACCAGCCAGCGAAGUGGACCGGAGCCCGCUCAAGGAAGAUGAGGAUCUCCUCGAGAUACCAAUGUUUGUCCGAGUCGAGUGGGAGGCCGACGCAGCCAACGACGAUGUGGGCCAAGCCAUCGGCAAGGACAAAGAUACUAGAGAGAAGAGAGAACUGGCAUAUUGGUGUGUUGUUGGCAUUGGCCGAAUAAGUCAGGACUAGGGAGCCGUCGUCGCUUGAAUUGCAGAGUAGAAUACAGUAGAUACCCCUUUUUUUGUGCAUAGCAUUCAUCUGAUGAGCAAGUUGUCUUUGGACCAGUAACAAGAAGAAUUCAAUUCUUUCCCAACCCCCCAAGACUCCGAGAAGAAAAAAAAGGUAUCAUGAAAUGACCAAGCCUGUAUUGUCUCACAAGCUACAAACUAGACAACGCCGUUUUCCCUGUUUUUUGAUUCGAUCAUGGCAGGCCAAGAUUCAAUGCAGUUCAUGACGGAAAAAACCAAGAUCAUUCCCAUCCCACACGCCGUGAAAAAACCACCCGUCAUGGAAAAAGAAAUUUUUUGUCAUAGCCCCACCCAAUUCAGCCAAGCAGAAUGCCAGACAUCUAGUAGUCAGAGGCACCAGUCUGGGGGAACUCGAAAACGACGCUACGGCCAGUGAGGCGGCGGUAGACCUCGGAGUAGGUGUCGAGGCGGUAGUCAACACCACCACGCUCCUUCUCGUCGAGGACGACCUUGAGGGUCUUGGAGUUGUCCUCCUUGGUGCGCAGGCGCUUGCCGACGAUCUCGACGGGGUAGACGAGGUCGGUGAGGAUGGCGUCGUGGACGGCAGUCAGAGUGCGCGAACGGGGGCGCUUCUGCUUCUGGGUGUUGCGCGAGCGGUUGGAGCGCUUGGGGCGGGGGAGAAUGCGGCGCGAGGCCAGGAUCAGGACGUGGCGGUCAGAGAACUUCUUCUCGAGCUCACGGG